UCUCUCUCUCUCUCUCUCUAUUUAAUCAAAAAACCAUGCCAGUUUUGAAAGCAGGGAGUAGGCCACCAUGGGUGGGUCUAGAAGCUGCAGUUUGGGUUGAGAUAGCAGUUGGGAAUGUUUACAAUUUUCCUCUCUAUUCCCCUUCUCUGAAAUCUGUUAUGGGUUUAAGUCAACAGCAGCUCACCAUGCUUGGAGUUGCUAACGAUUUUGGAGAGAAUUUUGGUCUCCUUCCUGGUGUCUUCUGCAAUAAAUUACCACCUUGGAUUCUUCUAUCCAUUGGAGCUUUCUCUUGUUUCUUGGGUUAUGGAGUUCUCUGGCUUGUUGUGAUCCAAACUGUUCAGUCUCUUCCUUAUUGGGUGUUAUGGCUUGCUCUUUGUGUCGCCACUAAUAGCAGUGCCUGGUUCAGCGCGGCUGUGCUUGUAACUAACAUGCGGAACUUCCCUCUCACCAGGGGCACUGUUGCUGGCAUUCUCAAAGGAUAUGGGGGAAUAUCUGCUGCAGUAUACACAGAGAUCUACAUUGCAGUGCUGCAAAACUCUUCUUCACAGCUCUUGCUGUUCCUCACACUUGGUGUUCCUCUUGUAUGUUUUGCAGUAAUGUAUUUUGUUAGGCCUUGUACACCAGCAGCUGGAGAUGACUCUGCUGAACAUGGCCAUUUCCUUUUUGUCCAAGUUGCCAGUGUUGUUCUUGGCAUCUUUCUUCUCACAACAACUAUAUUGACUGAUGUGCUCAACUUGAGUGCUCCUUUUUCCAACAUAUUUGUUGCUAUCAUGGUUCUCCUUCUCAUGGCUCCAUUUGCAAUCCCUGUAAAGAUGACACUCUACCCAGCUAACCCUAAGAAACCAGGUACUCUUGACCUACCUGUUGGUUCUUCAGAUCGUCUGAUUCCAGGUGAAGGCAAUUCAGACAAAAUAGAGCCAUUAUUGACUCUGUCUUCAUCAGCAACACAGCUUGAAAAUUUUCAUGAGAGUGAUGAUGCUUCAGACAUUGAUACACUUCUGGCUGAAGGGGAGGGAGCAGUGAAGAAAAAGAAGCGACCAAGGAGAGGGGAUGAUUUCAAGUUCCGUGAAGCUUUUGUGAAAGUGGAUUUCUGGCUUCUCUUUUUGGUUUACUUUUUUGGGAGUGGGUCUGGAAUAACUGUUCUCAAUAAUCUGGCUCAGAUUGGAAUUGCACAAGGAGUUGAUGAUACAACAAUUUUGCUGUCUCUCUUCAGUUUUUGCAACUUUAUUGGCCGUCUUGGUGGAGGUGCUGUUUCUGAGUACUUUGUCAGGUCAAGAAAAAUGCCUCGGACAAUUUGGAUGAUGUGCACACAAGUAAUCAUGAUCAUUGCAUAUCUUCUGUUUGCUUCAGCUCUCAGUAGUGGUACCCUUUACACCGCUACUGCAUUACUUGGGAUAUGCUAUGGAGCUCAGUUCUCUAUCAUGAUCUCAACUGCCUCUGAGCUUUUUGGGUUGAAGAAUUUUGGUGAAAUUUACAAUUUCAUGGGGAUUGGUAAUCCUCUUGGUGCAUUCCUCUUCUCAGGUCUUCUUGCUGGUUAUGUAUAUGAUAAAGAGGCCGAGAAACAGGAGGGGCUGAAUUUGCUCACGAAGAGUGCCUCUUGCUUGGGUCCUAAUUGUUUUAGGCUUACAUUCUUGGUUCUAGCUGGCACCUGCAGUCUGGGCUCUGUAUUGGGCUUAAUCCUCAGUAUUAGAAUCAAACCUGUAUAUCAAAUGCUAUAUGCUGUGGAUUCUUUGCGUCACCCUCAAGAUCCAGGUCACUGAUAGCUAGUUGAGUUUUUUGGGACAUGAAUAUUAAUAAGAUAAAAUGCUUCGAUGGGGCAUGCUUUGACCUAGCUACUUCAGCUAUUAUCCAAUCUGUGCUUGCACCUUUACACGCCCAAGGGAACUGGGAGUUCCAUUUCUCUUUGAAGAUCUUGCAGUUUGGGGGUUGUCUGUAGCAUGCUCGAGGAAAGCUUCUUUUCUCCAUAUCUUCGUUCUAGUCCAAAAAAGAUAUUAAUGGUAUUGGAGGUUACAUAUUGAUAUGCUUGGGGAAUGAAUUUUUGUUUAAAUCUGUCUUCAUUGUAAACAGAAGGUUGCAUCUAUAGCUGAUGCAUUCAAUAGUCUUACCAUGAUAGGUGUGGUAGGUACCAUAUUUUAAGGCUGGAGUGAGGUAUUCUGCAUAUAAAAUCUCUGUAAACUGCUAAACUUGAAGAUAUU